AGAAAAGAGCUGCCAAUUAGUGUGACGAUAGCCCAUAGGUCAAACGAGCCUCAAGCCCGGCCCCUCGUACGAUCACGCCUUGUGCAAGGGCGGUGAUUUCUGAACUGUCCGGCUUCUGUUCUCAUUCUGCAUGUUUACGGUAAACAUGACGGAGCAAGGCCGAGGUGCUACCGCUUCGCCAUUCUGCGUCCAGGAUAUUCUACCUCGAGGCGAGGAUGCGGAAGAGAAGAGCGCAGAGGAAGAAGCUGAGUUUCCUGCCUUGCACAUUCCCCUGACAGGAGAGCGCCAUGUCCGUCACGACACGCCGCCUGACAACAUCCAACUUCCAACUACACCGACCGCAUCAGGAGAGGCCGCUGGCUGUGCCGCGUCGUCGACGAGCGAAGAUGGAGAGGUACGAGUGCAGCUGCACAACAAAGAUUUGUGGGACAAAUUUCACAAGGUCGGUACAGAAAUGAUCAUCACGAAAGCCGGAAGGCGAAUGUUUCCUACCUUCAAAGUGACCAUCAGCGGGUUGAAUCCGAAGACGCGUUACAUCUUGGUCGCCGAUCUCGUGCCUCUCGACGACAACCGCUACAAAUAUCACAACUCGGAAUGGAUCGUGACGGGCAAAGCAGAGCCUCAAAUGCCAGGCCGUCUCUACGUUCAUCCCGAUUCGCCGUGCACGGGACAGCAGUGGAUGCGUCAGAUUGUCUCGUUCCAGAAACUCAAACUGACUAAUAACCACAUGGAUCAGUUUGGACACAUUAUACUGAACUCCAUGCACAAGUACCAGCCCCGUUUACAUAUCGUUCGAGCGACCGACGCUGCAAAUCCCUACCCACUAGGCCGAACGUUCGUCAGCACGCACGUCUUUCCCGAAACUCAAUUCAUGGCCGUAACCGCUUAUCAAAAUCAGCAGGUGACACAAUUGAAAAUCGAACACAACCCAUUCGCAAAAGGCUUCAGAGGUUCGGAGGUGGGGAGUAGGAGACCAUCGGCUCUGUCUGGUGAUGCCAGCGACAUCUUUCGUGACCGCAAUCGUUCUUCUUCGACGGGCAGCAACAGCACGUCAGGAUACGGCAGUGAUACGGCUGGUUCCGCCCUCUUCGGUCAAACACUUCGAUUUCCCGGUGCUGGUGGCUUCAGCGCAGGCAGCGAUCUGAUAAAAAGUGAGAGACGGUUCUCAGCUCCCCAUGGACAUCAAGGGCCUUACCCUCUGCCCACUCUGGCAGCUCCGUCUCUGAGCCAUGCACAUUCCUCUCUGCCUCCUCAAUGGACGUCAGACGAGGCCGUUACGAGCAGCCCGCACGGAAUGACCGAAGAUGGUAGACACGACCAGACCGGCUUGUUCGCCCCGGGAUCUCUGGCAGGCUAUGGCACAGCGACCACGGCCUCCUAUCAACCUUCGUUGGGACGUUCGACGGGUAGCUAUACGCCACCACAAUAUGGAGUGAGUAAUUCUGGUUAUUCCUCUAAUGGUGCCUACGGUGGCAGUCAUUUGUCGAUGCACGGAUAUCAAAAUUCGGUCAUGGCCCCCACUCUGGGAGGCAGCGGCGGCUUGCACGUCGGUCAAGGACAUUAUGGAUUUACGCCUUCAUAUGGCACUGAUGCUAAUGCAACUCAGGCAAUCGCUCAAUACUGUGAUGCCUUCCUUAGUUAUCACUAGAUGGAGCGGGUCAGUGGAUUUGUGUUAACAUCCGCAGGUAUUAUAGGCAGAGAGCAGUCUUUAUGUAACGUUUAGGUUUACAGACAGGCAUAUCACAGAGACAGACAUGGUUUUCUUUUGUAACUGGACCUUCACCCCUCAUAGCAGGGACACAUCACUCUAGGAUUGUGAUGGUGUAAAUGUACCAUAAGUAGAGAAUGGUGAUGUUUGCUGCGUGUCCUUUGA